UGGGUGUUCUAUGGGGUUAACCGUAUAUUCUGCGCAGUUAUCUAAUUGAUCGUUAUUAUCUAAUCUAGAUAAUCCAUAUAGAAACGAGUAAAGGUUUAUACAUCAUAUUGUUCCAAAAUAAAAGAAAAAUAAUAAAAUGGCAAGCUCACUGCAAAAUAUUGAGAGAAUUAAACAAAAAACUGAUUUUCUAACAUUAUCUUCAAUAAAAAUUUUGGAUUCUGAUCGGAAUUUUAUGAAAUAUACAAUGUUGGAAAAACUUGUGAGAACAGCUCCUUAUAAUUUGUUUUUUACAACCAUUUCAAAAUCACCAGAAACAUCAAAACAAAACAAUUCUGCAACAUUCACAGAUAUAUUGUGUCCUAGUUUGGGUAAGUUGGAGGAGUCUUUACAGAUUAAUUUUAUGCUUGAUAUUAAUUGGUUGCUAGAGCAGUACAAAGUCAGAGGUUUAAGUAAACAACCACUAACAAUUAUUUAUGGGUAUGACUGUUUUGAAGACAUGCAACCACAUAUGGAUAAAUAUUGCCCAAAUGUUACUUAUAAAUUUGUAGAAUUGAAAUUUGGAUGUCACCAUUCUAAGGUUGGAAUUUAUGUGUAUAGUGAUAAGUCAAUUAGAGUUGUUGUUUCAACCGCCAAUCUGUAUUACGAAGACUGGAAUCACUAUAAUCAAAGUUUCUGGAUGAGCCCAAAAUGUCCUCAACUACCAGAAGACACUCCAGACACCUCUGGUGAAUCACCAACUGGCUUUAAAAUGAGCCUCAUAAACUACCUCAAGGACUGCAAAUUCGACAUACUUAAUAAGUGGAUUAAAUACGUGAAACGAACGGAUUUCAGCGCAGUCAAAGUAUUUUUGGUGACCUCCCUUCCUGGUAAGCACUACCCAACUUCAGAUACAGGUUGUCACCUGCACAGAGUAGGCGAUUUGUUGUCGCGUCAUUGCGUCCUACCAACCAAAACCGGUGCCGAUGACGAAGGACCCUUGGAUUCUUGGAGUGUUGUUGCUCAGGCUUCCGCCCUAGGUUGUAUGGGUGAAUCGCCGGCCAAAUGGCUGCAUGGACAAAUUUUGAGAUGUUUGGCGAGUCAUUCCGAAAGUCCUUCGUCUAACAGUCCUAACGUCAAUCUAUUUAUUAUUUUUCCAACCAUCAAUAAUGUGAUGAAAGGAUAUUAUGGAAGCAGAAGUGGGGGAUGUUUGCCUUAUUCCAAGGCGAUUCAUCGAGAGCAAUGGUGGCUUCAGGAUUAUAUCCAAUGGAAGGCAGACAAAUUAACGAGGACUAGGGCGAUGCCGCACAGUAAGGGCUAUACUAGAAUUUCGCCUUGUUUGGGCAAAUUAGCUUACUUCCUUUUGACCAGUGCCAAUCUUUCGAAAUCCGCCUGGGGUGGACCAGUACAAAAAGAUAACGGGACACACGUGAAUAGUUACGAAGUUGGUGUGUUGUUCCUACCAAAGUUUUUUGGUGAAGAGUAUUUCGAAAUUGAUGAUACAAUGCAGAGGAAAAGUCAGAAUAUUUUCCCUUUAAUGUAUGAUUUACCUCUGGUUGCUUACGAUUCUUGUGAUUAUCCUUAUUGUAACUAAGAAAUAUAUAAAAAUUAUUCAAACGUUUCCAGCUUUUACUAAUGUUAACAAACUUAUAGUUUAAAUUAAUAUUAAAUUAUCUAUUAUUU